UUUGGGAUUGUGAAAUCACCAAAAAAUUCGAAAGCACUUGAGAAAAAGAAAAGCGCCAUGACCUAAAAAAAGAACUCAAUCAAUUUCUCUCCCACAAGGAAAUGGCGCUUUUACACUUUCCAUUUCAUUUGCAUUUCUAUAUUCAAUCUGUUCUGUCUCACCUUUUCUCCCAAUCUCCUCCCCCCUUCUCUCGUACCCACUGAGAAACCAACCAACCAACCAUGUCGGAGAAUCAGAACUGCAAGAGGAUGACAAGGGCGGCGGCGGCGAAACGAAAGGCAUCCACAGCGUUUCCGACAGCGGACGAAGUCCCAGUUACCAAGAAGAGAGUUGUUCUCGGAGAGCUUACAAAUGUCGUACCCAAUCAGGAAAGAGAGAUCCACAAGCCUAAACCAUCUCUCUUCCCCGCGAAGAAGCAGACGAAGAAUGCUCCAAAACAGACCCUAGAUUUCGAAUCUGGAUCCGUCGAUCCUCAGAUGUGUGGUCCUUACGUCGCAGACAUCUGUGCGUAUCUCCGCGAAAUGGAGAUUCAGGGGAAGCUGAAACAAAGACCUCUACAUGAUUAUAUUGACAAGGUUCAGAACGAUGUAACGCCUAGCAUGAGAGGGGUUUUAGUGGACUGGUUAGUUGAAGUUGCUGAGGAAUAUAAACUUGUCUCCGACACACUCUAUCUCACUGUCUCUUAUGUCGAUAGAUUCUUGUCCUUAAAGCCUAUUCACAGGCAGAGGCUUCAGCUUGUGGGAGUUUCUGCGAUGCUUAUUGCGUCUAGGAAAUACGAAGAGAUUAGUCCUCCCAAAGUGGAAGAUUUUGUAUACAUCACUGAUAAUACGUUUACAAGACAAGAUGUGGUGUCCAUGGAGGCAGAUAUACUUCUUGCCCUACAGUUUGAGUUAGGAUGCCCAACCAUUAAAACCUUCCUAAGACGGUUCACGAGGGUUGCUCAAGAGGAUUUUAGUGACUCACUAUUGCAGAUAGAGUUCCUCUGUUGCUAUCUCUCAGAAUUGAGUCUGUUGGAUUAUAGCUGUGUGAAGUUCUUGCCGUCUCUCUUGGCUGCUUCUGCUAUCUUUCUUGCGCGAUUCAUCAUCCGUCCUAAACAACAUCCUUGGAAUCCAAUGUUAGAAGAGUACACAAUGUACAAGGCGUCUGAUCUACAACAAUCUGUGAGUAUCAUUCAUGACUUGUAUCUAAGCAGAAGAGGGAACGAUCUAGAAGCUGUCAGAAAUAAAUACAAGCAAAAUCAGUUCAAGUGUGUUGCGACCAUGCCUGUUUCACCUGAGCUGCCUCUUGCUUUCUUCGAGGAUGUUUGCCAUUAGAGACGAGGCGUAAACGUAAAGAAGCUUGAAGCUUUGUGUUGGAAGUUGUUAGUGCCUUAAUUUGGGUUUGUAUAUAACUGUCGUUAGAUUGUAGUUUAGUAUUGAAAAUCCUUUUUGCUUGGCCAUUUAUUUCAAUGGCCAAGAGUGUUUGAUUGUUUUGUUUUCUGCUUUUGUACGAUGUUAUCAAUGCAAAAGCCUCUUUAGGUCA